AUGCAGAACUCAGUUAGAGUACGUGAUUAUUAUAAUAAUGAUGAUAAUGGGUUGUGGUCCUGGUAUCUUAGAAAUAUUAGAUUAGGUGAUUUUGAAGAAUUAACUGGGAACCAACUGAAAUAUACACUUUUGAAAAGGUUUUUAAAUAGUCAUUUUUACUCCAAUGCAACUACUACUGAUACUGCUAUUGACGAUAAUAAUAAUACUAAUAGUGUUAAUGAUAUUAAGCCCACGGUGAAGAAAAUCUUGUUGGUAUCCAUUCCUGAUAAAGUUCAUAGUGAUAUUUCAUUAUUAGAAUUAUUCUUAAGAGAUUAUUUCCAUUUAGAAGAUUUGGAAAAUAUUCAAAUUACUAAAUUAACCCAAUCAGAGUGCUAUAAUCAUGAAAAUCAUUAUUUAUUAACCGAUAAAGUCAAUAAUUUUGAUGAUCCAAUGUUUUUAGAAUUUGCUGGUUCAACUUGGCAAGGUAGACCAAAUUUACAUCUUAAUAAUUUAGAUUCUCUCCAGUUACAAGAACAAAAUGAUGAUGAAGAAGAAAAACAACGAGAAGAACGAGAAGAAAAGCAAUAUAUCCACAAAGAAAGUCGAGAUCCUAACGAAGAUUCAUCAAUUGACAAUGAUACAGACGAGAUCCUUAUAACGCAACCGAUAACAACAACUACAAGUCUGAGUCAUAAUAAUCAAGCAUAUACACCUGAUGAAAACGAGCAAUUAAAUCAAACAGAGAAACACACAGGGAAUGCAUACGAUAACAGUUCAAUAGUUCUGAAUUUCCCACAUCUUAGGAAACAUUCUAAGGAUCCUAAACAGACUAUAAUCAAUGAACAACAAGAGGAACCUUUAGCAAAUAAUCAAUACUAUACGCCGCCUCAAUCUGAAUUAGUAUCAAUUAACAGUUUUGGCGAUGAUGAUACUAAUUCAAUGGCAUACCAGGGGCAUCCAUUACAUUUAGUUCUAACGAGACAAGAUGAAGAAUCCAGUACACAAUUAGAAGAAGAUGAACUAGGAGCCAAGAAUCUUUCUAACACUGCUCUAGGGUUAAAUAAUAACGACAAUCAUAUGGACGACCAAUCUAGUGGCUUGGAGCCAAGUUAUGAAAAUAGUGAAAUAUCAAUACAAAAUAGUGGAUUUGAUUCAUAUUCGAAUCAACUUCAACGUUUUGAUGAUGAUACUAAUGAAGAGAUUAAGAAACCAGUAGAAUGCGUCAGAUCCAUAGAUGAAGAUGAUGAAUCUGAUUAUAAUAUUAUACAAGGUACGAGAAACAUGCAUGUUGGUGACCAAAAUGACAGCGAUGAAGGUGACGAUGAAGAGGAAGUACAUGGUGAUGACGAUGAUGAUGAUGAUGAUUUAGACGAUCUCUCGUCUGAUUAUUCCGUGUUAUCAAUCUUACCCUCGAUUUCUAUAUCCGAUCGUAAUGAAGGACAUUUUAGAUUAGUAUUACAAUCCACAUUAAUUCAAAAUCCAAUAACCAAGGAAAUUUUCACAGCUAUUAGACAAUCAAAUAACGAACCUACGAUUGCUCAUAUAACUGACGAUUGGUUACUCUAUGAUUCAAAAUUUGCAAUGGACAACUUACAAAUUUUAACAUUACAAGAUUUAUUAGAUUCAAAUCGAACUUUCCCUAAGAUCCUUUUCUAUUCCAUGGUGAUAGUUAAUGAAUCAUCACCACCUAUAAACGAUGACCAACACAAUUACAAUGGUAUGACUGCAUUAAAUUCUGAAUAUUUAUCAAAUAAAUUAGAAUCAUUAGAAAAGACAAGUAGUGAAGAAGGAAAGUCAAUAAAUAGAUAUAAAUAUUAUCCAACUUUACCGAAGGCAGGAAUUACUGCAAAAAAUGGUGAAAUGAUUGCGGAUGUCCCAGAGCAAUUCUUCCCGGGACCACCAUCUGAUGAUGAGAAUGGAAAGGGGGAGGAUUAUGAUGAUGAUUAUGACGACGAAUCAUUGAUGGAACAACAUGGGCCUGAAAUGUACCUACCGACAAGGAUGCAAACAAAUGUCACGACAGCUCAUAGAUCUAUUCGUACUGCUAAUAGUAUUGGAGAAUGGGCGUUCAACAGAAUGAAUAGUAAUACUACUAGUAAUAAUAUGAAUGUCGAUGACGAGAAUAAAGAUCCCGAUUAUAUGGAAGACACAUCAAACGACAAAUAUGAGACAAGUAGGACAAAUGACGUUCAUAUUAAUAUCGAUGAGAAAGAUUUAAACUUAAAUCAAGCGAAAUUAAAAAACAAAAGCGAUUACAAAAGCAAAGAAACAAACGGAAAACACAAGCUCAUUUGA